AUGAACACCCACGCUAAACCCUUUCCACCAACAACCCCUUCCACCAACAACCCCUUCCACCAACAACCCCUUCCACCAACAACCUCUUCCACCAACAACCCCUUCCACCAACAACCUCUUCCACCAACAACCCCUUCCACCAACAACCUCUUCCACCAACAACCCCUUCCACCAACAACCCCUUCCACCAACAACCCCUUCCACCAACAACCUCUUCCACCAACAACCCCUUCCACCAACAACCCCUUCCACCAACAACCCCUUCCACCAACAACCUCUUCCACCAACAACCCCUUCCACCAACAACCUCGUCCACCAACAACCUCUUCCACCAACAACCCCAUCCACCAACAACCCCUUCCACCAACAACCCCUUCCACCAACAACCUCUUCCACCAACAACCCCUUCCACCAACAACCUCGUCCACCAACAACCUCUUCCACCAACAACCCCAUCCACCAAUUUUUUUUUUUUUCAACCCCUUCCACCAACAACCCCUUCCCCACCAACAACCUCUUCACCAACAACCCCUUCCACCAACAACCUCGUCCACCAACAACCUCUCCACCAACAACCCCAUCCACCAACACCCCUUCCACCACACCCCUUCCACCAACAACCUCUUCCACCAACAACCCCUUCCACCAACAACCCCUUCCACCAACAACCUCUUCCACCAACACCUCUUCCACCAACAACACCCUUCCACCAACACCCCUUCCACCAACACCUCUUCCACCAACAACCCCUUCACCAACAACUCUUCCACCAACAACCCCUUCCACCAACACCCCUUCCACAACAACCUCUUCCACCAACACCUCUUCCACAACAACCUCUUCCACCAACAACCUCUUCCACAACAACCCCUCCACCAACAACCCCUUCCAUCAACAACCUCUUCCACCAACAACCCCUUCCACCAACAACCUCUUCCACCAACAACCCCUUCCACCAACAACCUCUUCCACCAACAACCUCUUCCACCAACAACCCCUUCCACCAACAACCCUUCCACCAACAACCCCUUCCAUCCAACAACCCCUUCCACCAACAACCUCUUCCACCAACAACCUCUUCCACCAACAACCCCUUCCAUCAACAACCCCUUCCACCAACAACCCCUUCCACCAACAACCCUUCCACCAACAACCCCUUCCACCAACAACCCUUCCACCAACAACCCCUUCCACCAACAACCUCUUCCACCAACAACCUCUUCCACCAACAACCCCUUCCACCAACAACCCCUUCCACCAACAACCCCUUCCACCAACAACCUCUUCCACCAACAACCCUCUUCCACCAACAACCCCUUCCACAACAACCUCUUCCACCAACAACCUCCUUCCACCAACAACCUCUUCCACCAACAACCCCUUCCACCAACAACCUCUUCCACCAACAACCCCUUCCACCAACAACCUCUUCCACCAACAACCCCUUCCACCAACAACCCCUUCCACCAACAACCUCUUCCACUAACAACCUCUUCCACCAACAACCCCUUCCACCAACAACCUCUUCCACCAACAACCCCUUCCACCAACAACCCCUUCCACCAACAACCUCGUCCACCAACAACCUCUUCCACCAACAACCCCUUCCAUCAACAACCCCUUCCACCAACAACCCCUUCCACCAACAACCUCUUCCACCAACAACCCCUUCCACCAACAACCUCUUCCACCAACAACCCCUUCCACCAACCACCAACAGAUGCAGGAAGUAAUGAGCUUAAUAAUAGCGCGAGAGCUGUUAAUAACCUCGGGCGUAAUUAUGGAUAA